AUGCCUCCACCAACUCCCGCCAACGAUGAAGCUCACCAGCAGCUACUGAACAGCCUGGACAUAUCACAUGUCCCCAAGCCUUUCCGCAACCCACACUGGAAACCCUCCCAGCGCCGCAACAAGAACCUCAAGCAGAUCAUCUCAGAAGCCUCACGGAAGGAGGCAUCGGUCAUGGCGACUCAGGCAAACUCCGGCGCAACUACACCAGGUACUAGCGCUGUUACUGAUGGCACACGAACUCCCGCGGAAGGGGCUGCACCCAACCUCUCCCAGGCAACCCAGAACCUAUCAACCCUCGUCUUGGAGAAGAAUGCCCGGGCAACGUUCGCGACCGGACCGGCUGUCACCUACACGAAUAUCGAAUCGGCACCGUCGUUCAACCCCGCCUACAAACAUCGCUAUUGCGACAUCACCGGCCUAGAUGGACCAUAUACCGACCCCAAGACCCGCUUGCGAUACCACGACAAGGAAAUCUUCAAGGUGAUCCGGAGUCUGGCACAAGGUGUGCCGGAGAACUACCUGGAAGCUCGCGGAGCGCACACCAUCUUGAAGUAG